CUAAGGAAAGGAUUCCAGCAUUGUGAGAUAGCAGAAAACUUGUACAUUGUGAGAUACAUUGCAGGAAUGGCAGCUCCAAUGAAGUUCAUUUGCCUUCUGGGCUUGCUUGUGCUUGUCAGCAUGGCUGGUCUGGAAAAGGUUGAUGGGGCAAGCGCAUGUGGAAAAUCUACUCCAGACAAUGAGGCUAUGAAACUUGCUCCUUGUGCAACUGCGGCACAAGAUGUGAACGCAGCUGUUCCUGACAGUUGCUGCCAACAGGUGAAGAUCAUAGGCCAAACCCCGGCUUGUCUAUGUGCGGUCAUGCUUUCUAACACUGCCAAAAGCUCAGGAAUCAAGCCUGAGAUUGCUAUCACCAUCCCCAAGCGCUGCAACAUUGCUAAUCGACCAGUGGGAUACAAAUGUGGAUCAUACACAGUGCCUUAAAGGGAACAGAAGGUAUUGAAGACUGCGGAUUGAGGCAUAAGGUACUGAAAAAGCUGGUAGCUGCUGGUGUAAUAAUGGCUGUUGCUUUGGCCUGUGUAUUUAGGCAAUAAAACCUACCAACUUAUAUGCCUCCAUCUCUAAUAAUAUAUAUUCGUUCAGUAUAAGAAUUGGGUUUAAAAUGAUUGUCUUA